AUGCCUGGCAUACUGGAGGUUACUGCAAACAAUCCUUCGUGCUUCAAGAUUGCGUUCAUUAACUACUGGGAAGAGUACCUCAAUAAUAACCCCAACUGCUUCAUUUCCUGGGUCGAGUGGAAUAAGAAGACAAACAAGAUUGUCAGCCAUCGUCUAUUACUCGGUAUGAUCAUUGCAUCUGAGUGGGGCCCAAAACUGCACCAAAGCAUUUGUGCUCUGCACUGGCUCGGUUGUGUAUGCCGCAUGCACUAUUACCAAGGUAUACUUUUGAACAUUGGUGUCAUUGACCACAGUGUUCGCUUUGACUACUGCGACAAAGUGACUGAUCAGGCUGUACUCAACUUCUUCACACUCGUAGUCUGCCCAGCGGCCGAACGUAUGUACAAGAUUGGAAUUAUCACCAAGAGGCAAUCUGAGCUCCAGAACAGCCUACUCACCUGGCACAUAGUGGUUUGCAACAUCAUCUCAUAG